GGAAUAGUGUAUGAAUGAACUUUCUGUUCAGUCCGCCUGACAUCGACAUUCAGUUGUCGGACUCCUCCCGGGAGGGCCGGAAGACAGCGGAGGUGAAGGUGGAUGACAGCAGCGGGCGGAGGGAGCGACUGCCGCUGUACUACGACGGGGAGGACAUCAAAGGCAAAGUGCACUUCACCCUCAAGAACAACAAGACAUUCGAACACAAUGGCAUCAAGAUCGAGUUCCUCGGAAUCAUACACAUGUUCAACGACAGGAGCUCAUCGUCUGAGUUUGUGAGUCUGUCGAAGGAGUUGGCCCGCCCGGGGGAGCUGAGUCACUCGAACAGUUUCCCCUUCGAGUUCAGAGAAGUGGAGAAGCCGUACGAGACAUACUAUGGAGCCACAGUGAAGCUCAAGUACCUGCUACGAGUCACGAUCAACAAACUAUUGAGUAAUAUAACGAAGGAGAUGGGCAUAGCUGUGCAUGCGAUGAGCUUCUACCCCAACCAGCCGUCUGUUUCUGACCCCAAUGCCAGGACAGAAGUGGGAAUAGAAGACUCACUGCACAUCGAGUUCGAGUACGACAAGCCCAGGUACCACUUGAAAGAUGUGAUUGUGGGCAAAGUGUAUUUCCUUGUGAUCCGACUGAAGAUCAAAUGUAUGGAAAUUGAGCUGCUGCGGAAGGAGACGACAGGGGCCAUGAAUGCCUCUGGGUCAUACAACACGGGAGUGGUGGAGAGGACAGAGGUGUUGUUCAAGUAUGAAGUGAUGGACGGCAGUCCCAAUAAGGGCGAGACAGUCCCCAUCCGAAUAUUCCUGGCCGGCUACGAUCUACAACCGACAAUGAGAGACAUCGCAAAGAAGUUCUCAGUCAGAUAUUUCCUGAAUCUCGUGCUAGUUGAUGAAGAUGAGCGACGUUACUAUAAGACUAAAGAGAUUCUCCUCUGGAGAAAAUACGACAAGUUCUACCGCAAGCUCCGAGGUGUCCAGGAUUCCCCAUCGUCGGCAAAAGCUCCUCACGAUCCCAGAAGUAUGUCGGCUUCUAGUUCCCGAGACUUUAGUGCAAUGUCGAAUGCAACAAAGACGCUAGCAGCUCCACUUUUACCGCAAUCGGCAGGGAAAGGCUCAGCGAACGGAGUGACAGCUGCCGUGUACCCGACGAAUGAGACCGAAGAUCCGAGCCGUCAAGUCUCAAAAGUGGAAGUUUUCGACGAAAAGUCAUCAGAAAUGUCCAGUGAAUACCUCAAAGAUGUUAAGUCUUCAGGUCCUUUAAAUGAUAAUUGCAAUGAAGUCCCUAAAACUGACAGUGUUACUCAAAAUGGGGGAGAUAAUUAGAAUGAUGAGAUGAUUGAUUACAGUAGUGUUGUGCUUACAGUGGAGAUGAAAAUUUUUAAAUGCGUAAAUUGUUUAAUAUGUCCAAUUUGUUGAAAUAAAUUCUAUUUAUUUAGCUUCUCUAUUUGUGUAAAAAAACGUCAAAACACUUUAACUCUGUUUUGUAUUAGAAUUUGCAUCCGAAUUAAAUAGAAUAAUACCAUCGUCAAA